AUGUCAGCUGACGGCCAGGGCGCAGAGCGCGCCGCGCCGUCGCCGGCCGGGACGAGCGCGGCUGGCCCGGGCGAACACCAGGUCGAGCAGCCAGCGCCGGAUACCGGCACGCGCGGGCAGACGCUGGCCGCGUCGUCCAGCCGCCUCAGUGGCAUACACAUGGGCUCGGACGGCGUGAUACGCAUCACCCCCGAGUUCGUGCAAGCGAUGAGCGGCGGCACCGCUGCCCUGCUUCCAGAGCAAGCCACGUCCAACAGGAGCCGCUCGAGCCUUCGACGCGGGUUUUUCAAUACCCCAGCAGCUAGCAGUGGCUCUAAGAGUGCGAGGCGCGACGUCGGCGGUGCCUCCACGCCCCAGGCGCAACCUUUGCCGGGAUCAGGUCCAGCACCCGGGACCUCCCAGUGGUGGAGCGACCGUGCCGCUGUGCUUGGGCUCGAUGGCGCCCCGUGGAAGGUGGCAGGGAACGGCGAGCUCAUCCUCGACGCGCCGGGCAACAUCAACGCGGUCGUUCGGCUGCUUGCCAGCGUCGCGAACGCCCUCCCUCGGGAAGCAAAAGCGCAGGUUGCGAACGCGCUCAAGGCUGCGGCGGGCUCGUCGAGCUCCGCGGCUCCUGCAGACUCAACGAGUCUCCUGAGCCCCGAGGCGAGGCUGCUCUUCGGCGACAAGGACCUCCUGGAAAGCCUCGGAAACGCGGUGGAUUUCCAGCUGGGCAGGGCUGCGCCCGAGGAGCCGGAGCGCACUCCCGCGGACCAGAACCAGCACGACGGAUCGCGAAAUGAGGCUGAUAAGGACGUGUUUGCCGGUCAGGGCGCGCAGGAAGACCGGAAGGCGGGAACCACAGUCCCAAGCUCGCAGCCAAGCUCACCAUGCAUGGACGACGUCUGGGAUGAUCGGUGCAUGGUGUGCGGGAUGUGGUGCGAUGACACACAGGACCACGACGAGGACACAAUGUGGAGUUAUGGGUGCGAGCAGCAGGGCUGCACAAACGUCAUGUGCAGGCUAUGUCUGUCGCCAACGGAGAUGUCCGACGCCGACUCACAGGCGUGGCGGUGUCCCAGCUGUCGCGGGGCGCCACUGCCGCCGCCGCAUGCGGGCUCCGAGCGCAAAGGUAGUAACAAGAUGGUCUGCCGGCGGUUCCGGGACCAGUGGGAGACAGCGGGGGAGGGGCGCACGAUCACCUUUCGGUCAGAUGUGUGGGAGGUCGCGGGAUGGCACUUCCAGCUGCGUGUGGACUGCACGAAGCCACGGAACGAACGAACAGCCCGCGACGCUGCAGCGAAGCCACCCAAGGGUCGAAAAGUCGCCAAGGCGCGCGACGCCCGAGACGGAUCGUCCCGCGGCAAGGCCCAGGAGGACGCGAAGCUCAAGGCGUACCUCUACCUCGUCGACAGCGAGGGCAAGGAUUACAAGGACGGCCGGAAAUUGCUCCACGUCGGGGGCAAAUUCGUCUUCAUCUUCCUGCACCAGGAGGACACUGACGACGACAACAUUCGGCGCAAGGCGUGCGCCCCGGGGUCUCUGUUCACGAACCUCAUCAAGAACAGCAAGGACUCGACUUCUUGGGGCUGGGCCGACGUGCCGGUGUCGACCCUGCUGCACGAUGGCUUCCUCACCGAUGCGGGGGACCUGGAGAUCGUCGUCGAGGUGGAAGUCGUCAACGACAUCAUCGAGCAGCUCUCGAUGGACGACGAAAUCAAGGCGUCUGUUUGCGGCGUCCUCGGGCUGCUGGGCGACCAGGGGGCGUUCAUGAAGACCAUCCGCGAGAAGCGCGCGAACCUCGAGUCCAGCGGGCACAAGUUCCCGACGCGUCGCGAGUGCUGGACGGGCGGCUGCACGGUGUUCUCGAAGCGCAGGGAGGCGCUCGAGACGCUGUGCACGGAGCUCUACUGGGACUCCUCGCGCCGCUCGGUCAUGCAAAGCCUCCUGGAGUCGGACGGGUACCUUGCAGUGCGCCUCAAGGUCAUGGUGCGCUGGGUCGACAUUCUCAUUGCCGCCGAGUCGGCUGGCCAGGAGUGGCCGGUCUCCUCCAGCGACGACAUCCCGUUGCUACUUCUCGUGGGGCGCCUGGCGGUUGACUUCGGCAAGAGAUAA